ACGGAGAAAUGCGAAGUUGGACGAUUGCGGUUUCACACGUUAUUCCACGAGAUUAUAUUGGCAGUCGUUUUACGUUCUGAAAACACAUUUAGAUCAACAUGCCAAAGGUAAAGAGAAGCAGGAAACCUCCCCCAGAUGGAUGGGAACUCAUCGAACCUACUUUGGAUGAACUCGAUCAGAAAAUGCGCGAGGCUGAAACAGAGCCACAUGAGGGAAAGAGGAAGGUGGAGGCACUGUGGCCAAUAUUUCGCAUUCACCAUCAGAAGUCUCGAUAUCUGUAUGAUCUGUUCUACAGGAGAAAAGCUAUCAGUAGAGAGUUGUACGAGUACUGCCUGAAGGAGGGAAUAGCAGACAAGAACCUGAUAGCCAAGUGGAAGAAACAAGGCUAUGAGAACUUAUGCUGCCUCCGCUGUAUCCAGGUACGCGACACCAACUUCGCUACCAACUGUAUCUGCAGAGUACCUAAAGGCAAACUGGAAACUGGCAAGAUUGUUGAGUGUAUACACUGUGGCUGCAGGGGCUGUUCCGGCUGAUAUAUAGAAAAGUGGAAUUUUGUUGUAACUAUCUCAGAGAUCAUCUGACCUUUACAAGUCAUGAAAAUUUCACACUAUUUCAAUGCUCCCUUUGGGGCUUUGUAGUGUGAAUACAAAAAAAAAUAAUGUGUCUUAUUUUUAACAUUUGUUUGCAUAUUUUUAAUAUUUGUAUUCAUUGUAAUAAAAAAAGAAAAUGUCAGUCACAAUAAUGUUCCUUGCCUCAUGAAUAAUUAGGAUGUAAUUUGGUAUGUAGAUUUUGUGAAAGGUUUUCAAUCUUUUUAUGUAUGUAAUUUGUGAUCAGUUAUAUGUACCAUAGUUUCAAUAAUUUCUUCAUGACAUUUCACUGCUACAUCAUGUACAUAUUUCUCUCUGGGUACAAUGUGUGAAGCCCAUUUCUGGUGUCCCCCGCCGUGGUAUUGCUGGAAUAUUGCUAAAAGCGGCGCAAAACCAUACUCACUCACUCACUCACUCAUAUUUCUCUCUCUCAACAUAUGUAAAUAUCAAUGUAAUAUGAACCAUUUCAGAUAAAGAAGAUUUUGUCUUUUGAUCAGUACUUUAGGUGGUGAAAGAUUCACUGGAGAGUAUGUAAUCUUCACUUUUUAGCAUUAAAAGCAGUUCUGAUGUAUGUGUGAAUAAAUAGAAAACAACAAAAA